CUCUUUUUCGGUUUUCUAAGCCAUUCCUUUCCUCUCUCUCUUUCUCUCUCUCUCACAUUUACUAUUCCUUUCUCUCUCUCUCUCUCUCUUUCCACAUACCUUCCACCUGAAAUUUCCUCCUCUCGCCGGGAAACCGCUCAUUUAUCCGGCGACCGGCCUCCGUUUCCUCUCGGAAAACCGCUUAUUUUUCUGCGAGUUUGAGACUCGCGAUUUGGUUGGCUUCCCUUUACAUGAGUUGUAUCUAGAACGAUUCAGAUCUCUGAGUUUGACUCGGUUUAUUCCUGUUUGGCGCGUUUUCAGAAAAUGUGGGCUCUUUCGUUCUCUGUUUUGAAUUUUUUAUGUAUAAGAUCGUGAUCUAGGGUUUGGAUUUUGGAUUUCUGGACUUGGUUUUGUGGCUAAAACUACUCGAAAACGGAGGCUGAUAGAGGGCGACUGCGUAAUGAAAUGGUGGAAGGAAGAGUCUGCUUGUCCAAAGAGGCUAGAAAUGGGUUAGAGUUUCUGAAGUGUAAAAGACUUAAGCGAAUGAAAUCAGAAACUGUCAGCGAGACUUUAGGUGUCACUGGUAUGAUGAGUAGAAGCGGAGGGGAUUCUUUAAGGGCAUCAGCCUCAUGUGGCAUUAGAUUACACAAUCAUGUGGAACCAUUUGUUACAUCCAAUGGGGCUUCAAGUGGGAAGGAUGCCUUUUCAAAGCGAAAGGUGGAUAAGUUUGAUACAAGUGAUCUAGAAUGGACAGAGAAAAUCCCAGAAUGCCCUGUAUACCAUCCAACAAAGGAGGAGUUUGAGGAUCCUUUGGUUUAUUUACAGAAAAUAGCUCCAGAAGCUUUAAGAUAUGGUAUAUGCAAGAUUGUUUCCCCUUUGAGUGCUUCUGUUCCUGCUGGGAUUGUACUAAUGAGGGAGAGAGCAGGAUUCAAGUUCACAACUAGAGUGCAACCUCUUCGUCUUGCUGAGUGGGAUACCGAUGACAAGGUCACCUUUUUCAUGAGUGGAAGAAAUUAUACGUUUCGUGAUUUCGAGAAAAUGGCGAGCAAGAUUUUUUCCCGUAGAUACUGUAGUGCCAGUUGUCUUCCUGGAACAUACUUGGAAAAAGAAUUUUGGCAUGAAAUUGCUUGUGGAAAGACAGAAACAGUUGAAUAUGCAUGCGAUGUUGAGGGUAGUGCCUUCUCAUCAUCUUUCAGUGAUCCACUUGGAAAUAGCAAAUGGAAUUUGAAGAAUGUUUCACGGCUUCCAAAGUCCACUUUACGUCUUCUGGAUACUGCUAUUCCGGGGGUGACAGAUCCCAUGCUUUACAUUGGAAUGUUAUUUAGUUUGUUUGCUUGGCAUGUGGAAGAUCAUUAUUUAUAUAGUAUUAAUUACCAUCACUGUGGAGCAUCAAAAACUUGGUAUGGAGUUCCUGGUCAUGCAGCUUUAGAUUUUGAAAAGGUGGUAAGAGAACAUGUUUAUACCCAUGAUAUUCUAUCAACUGAUGGGGAGGAUGGAGCAUUUGAUGUACUUUUGGGGAAAACAACUUUGUUUCCUCCAAAUAUAUUGUUAGAGCAUGGUGUACCUGUGUACAAGGCUGUACAAAAUCCUGGGGAGUUCGUUAUCACCUUCCCUAGAGCUUAUCAUGCUGGAUUUAGCCAUGGUUUUAAUUGUGGUGAGGCUGUGAACUUCGCGAUUGGUGAUUGGUUUCCUAUGGGGGCUAUUGCUAGCUGGCGAUAUGCAAUUCUAAACAGGAUGCCUCUACUUCCCCAUGAAGAACUAUUGUGCAAAGAAGCUAUGAUUCUUUUUACGAGCCUGGAAUGUGAAGAUACAGAUUAUUCGUCUGCAGACUUGAUUUCUCAUCACUGCAUUAAGGUUUCUUUUGUCAAACUGAUGCGUUUUCUGCAUCAUGCUCGGUGGUCCCUCAUGAAAUCAGGGGCAUGCACUGGCCUUUUGCGAAAUACCUAUGGAACUAUUCUCUGCAGCUUAUGCAAACGAGACUGCUAUGUAGCUUUCCUUAACUGCAACUGCAACAUGCAUCCUGUGUGCCUUCGUCAUGAUUUUAAGUCGCUUAACUUCUCAUGCGGAAGAAAUCAUACAUUAUUUUUGAGGGAGGAUGUUUCAGCCAUGGAAGCUGCAGCCAAGAGGUUUGAGAAGGAAGAUGGGAUACUGGAGGACAUACGACAGAAAACAAGAAGUGGGGAUGAUUUGUAUUCCUAUCCAGCAUCCAACAAAUAUCUGAGUGUUUUAGAUGAUGGGUACUCUCCUUAUUGUGAGAUAAAUUUUGACUUUAACGCGGAUAUUGCAGCAAUAAUUCAGGAUCAUUCACAAUAUAGUAACCAGUCUACAUCCAUAUGCGGCACUGAAAAUUUUAGACCUGAAGCCUCAGGAACAUCUGUUGCUUGUUCUGCAUCUACUCUCUGUCCUUCAGGAGAACUGACUGAAAGCUCUUCAGCGGCCAACAAUAAGGUACAUGGGUGGGCGGACUUUGACAUUAGGAAUCUUGAAUCUAGAAAGUUCUCUGAUGAAGAAUCACACAACAUGCAUGAGUCCUCUCUAUCCUCCUCUCUGUGUCAUGAGGAAUGUCGAAGUACCCAGCAUGGUGAUCUUCAUAGAUCAGAGGCUAGACCUAGCGUGGAUCAGCAAAGUGAUGAUUCUGAUUCAGAGAUAUUUAGGGUUAAGCGCCGGUCUUCCCUCAAAGUGGAAAAGAGAGUUGUGAAUGAUAAUGUGUCUUCAAAGAAUUUUGAACACCAGGGGCUAAAACGAUUGAAGAAGCUUCAAUUUGAAAGAAGAUAUGAUCAAACAUUGCCACCAGAAUGCAGCCAAACUAACGAUGAAUCAAAUCACAAUUCUUUGUCUGCUUCACAUCGAAUGGAAUCUCCAGAGAGUGCAUCGAAAGAAGACAGGUUUGCUAGGGGAAGUAUCAUUCCCAUCUCUAUCAAGUUCAAGAAAUUGGUCAGUGAUGAAGCAAUGAGGAGAGAACGAGAAAACCAGAGAUUGGAUAAGUUCCAGCAUGAGUUGGGGAAGACCAUGAGGGAAUCACUCCCUAUAGAGAUUGGGCCUAAGCGUCUUAAAAUCAGAGGCCCGUCAUUUCUAGGGUCAGAGAGCAGGUUAGAUUGACUUACUGCAUAACAGGAUUGAAUCGAGGAAAUUGGUUGGCCUGCCUCUGGAGCAUCAUCUAGAGCCUGACUCUGCUAACUUUAUUUUCUCUAAUGGGGGUUCUAACAACACGGAUAAUCUGAAAGAUCGAUCGUGGGAGCAGCGGGUAAAAUUAACCAACUUUUAGGAAAUUUUUAUUCUUUGUGCGGUCCUCCGAAUUUGGGGGUACUCUGCACGGAUUCACGGUGAUUCAUUCUUCUGGUUCUCAAGCCACGGUGUUUUUCCGUCUUUGGCAGGGGAACCUUCCUGCAAAGGUGAAAGUAGAAGAAAAUUUGGUUAUUAACUCUGUAAAUUUGUUUUUAUCAGCCAAAUUAAUUUUUAAGAGGAAAAGGUGGGUAUUCCCAAUACUCCUCCAUCUAAAGGUCAUUCCGCUGCUUCCUCUUAGGUGCUUUAAUUCUUUUUUGUAGCAAAUUGACUACUUGAAUAAAUGCAGAGAAAUACCUUUUUCUCUUUAUCA